UUCUGCAUGCAAAAACGCCCCUCUCUCUCUCUCUCUCUCGCUCCCCCUCUCUGUCCUCUCAAAAGGUUUCAUUUUCACUUCACAGUCGCCACUCUCUCUGUCAUUUCCCUCUCCUCUCUCUCUCUCUCUCUUCUGCAGAGAGGAGAAGAAAACAGAGUACAUACAGCAGACUCAGGAGUCCAACUAAUUUCAGCCAGCAAUCUUGCUGCUCAUCGAGGUCGCUUCUGUGAGCUCAGCCGCAGCCGUCACGGCACGUUGAGGUACAUUGACCCUCCCCUUCUCCCGUCCUAGGGUUUCUCAACGGAUUCCUAAGGGAAGCCCGCGCCUUCGGGGCUAAUUCGCUGGAGAAAGGUUCGUUUGACCUGCAUUUUGUGUUAUCGGGUUUGUUUCCCGGCGGAGUUCAGGGAAACCAGAGUAGCAGCAGUGGAGAAGAAUAUGGCAGUGCUGCAUUUUCCUUCGUGGUUCUGCCUCGUUUUCGGGUCUAUAGCCUGAAGGGCUUGGUUUGGUCAUGCAUUUUGCUUUCGAUUUUUCCGGGUUUUGGGGGAUUUUAUUGAUUGAGUUUCACUGACUGGGAUGAAACGGGUUUUGGGGUUUAAGCGUUGCCGCUGUUGGGACGACUGUUUAGGGUUUUGGAGUGGCGGUAGCUGUGGGCCUCUCUUCUGCUUCUUGCUCUCUGUUUUACUGUCAUAGCCUCGAGAACCGUUUGUUCUUUUUUCAGUACAAUGGAAGCAAAAGGGGAGCCUAGUGGGACAGAGGAGGCUGGUUCCGGCAUCUUGGAGGCGGAGAUAACCGGAAUAACGUUCGGGCUGGCAUCUCGGGAUGAAAUCAAUAAAGCAUCGAUAAAUGAAUGCCCGAUUACCCAUGCAAGCCAGUUAUCGAACCCAUUUCUAGGCCUGCCCCUGGAUUUUGGGAGAUGUGAAUCAUGUGGCACAUCUGAUCUGGGUCAAUGUGAAGGACAUUUUGGAUAUAUUGAACUGCCCACACCGGUAUAUCAUCCAAGCCAUGUCAGCGAAUUGAAAAAAAUGCUGAGCUUGUUGUGCUUGAAGUGUCUCAAAAUGAGAGACAACAAGUGUUCUGUCAAAGCUGGCGGUUUAGGUGACAGAUUACUGGGUGCAUGUUGUGAGGAUGCUGCUCAGGUUUCUGUCAGGGAAGUUAAAAAAUUGGAUGGUGCUUGCAGUUUGGAGUUGAAACUGUUGUCUAAGUCAAGAUAUCAUGAAGGCUUCUGGAAUUUUCUCGAAAGAUAUGGAUUUAGAUACGGUGUCGACCAUCGACGAGCAUUGCUUCCUCGUGAGGUUCAGGGAAUUCUGAAAAAGAUGCCCAAAGAGACCAAAAAGAAGCUUGCUGCGAAAGGAUAUUUCCCUCAGGAUGGAUAUAUCCUGCUGUACUUGCCCGUACCACCAAACUGCCUGAGUGUUCCUGAUGUAUCUGAUGGUGUCAGCGUUAUGUCAUCGGAUCUAUCACUGACAAUGUUGAGGAAGGUCUUGAAACAAGUUGAGAUCAUCCGAAGCUCACGAUCCGGGGAUCCUAAUUUCGAGUCAGAAGAAGUGGAAGCGAAUGACUUGCAGACUGCUGUACAGCAGUAUCUUGAAGUGAGGGGCACUGCAAAGGUAGCCAGAAAUGUUGAUGCUAGAUAUGGGGUUCGCAAGGAGUCCAGUGACUCCGCUACCAAGGCGUGGCUGGAGAAAAUGCGGACUCUCUUCAUCAGGAAGGGAUCUGGAUUCUCGUCUCGUAGUGUUAUCACUGGGGAUGCUUUCAAGAAGGUGAAUGAAAUUGGCAUCCCAUAUGAAAUUGCUCAGAGGAUAACCUUUGAGGAGAAGGUUAGCAACCACAACAUGAGGUACCUGCAAGAGUUGGUAGACAAGAAGCUGUGCCUCACAUACAAAGACGGGGCAUCCACAUAUUCCCUUCGAGAGGGCUCCAAGGGGCACACAUUUCUUAAACCAGGUCAAAUAGUUCAUCGGAGGAUUAUGGACGGGGAUAUAGUCUUCAUCAACAGGCCACCAACUACCCACAAGCACUCACUGCAGGCACUGUCAGUUUAUGUUCAUGAGGAUCACACAGUGAAGAUUAAUCCUCUGAUAUGUGGUCCCUUGGGUGCUGAUUUUGAUGGUGACUGCAUUCACCUCUUCUAUCCACAGUCCCUGGCAGCAAAAGCUGAAGUUUUGGAGCUUUUCUCGGUGGAGAAACAGUUGCUUAGUUCUCACAGUGGAAACCUCAAUUUGCAGCUUGCAACUGAUGCCCUCUUAUCGUUAAAGUUGAUGUUCAGGAGGUAUUUUUUCGAUAAACCAUCUGCGCAGCAGUUAGCGAUGUUUGUGUCCUCAGACUUGCCACAGCCAGCCAUUUUGAAGGCUGAUCGAUUUCGGAGCAGUUGGACCGUCUUGCAAAUGUUGCAGAUGGCUCUACCUACUGGUUUUGACUGUUCUAGUGACAAGUACUUGAUCAGGAAGAGUGACAUUCUCUCGGCCAGUUUUGGGAGGGAUGUUACUUCAUUGAUGAUCCCAUCCAUGCUCCCUUCAAUGUUAAAUGAGAUUGUCACAUAUAUUAUAUUCAACAAGGGUCCUCAGAGAGUUCUGAAUUUCUUCAAUUCCCUUCAGCCAUUACUGAUGGAAAACGUAUUUGCUGAAGGAUUUAGCGUAUCCUUGGAAGAUUUUUAUGCACCAAAAUCAGCAAUUCGAGACAUUCAUAGCAACAUAUUGGACAUUUCACCCUUAUUAUAUUAUUUGACCUCAAGCCACAAUGAGCUAGUGCAAAGACAUUUGGAAAGAGAUAUCCGACGUACAAGAGACCUGCUUUUGCCAUUCAUUUUGGACUAUUCUGCAUUAGGCGUGUUGAUUGACUCAAAGAGUGAGUCUGCUAUUAAUAAAGUUGUUCAGCAAAUUGGUUUCCUAGGGCUGCAACUUUCAAACAAGGGAAAAUUCUAUUCAGUGUCUCUGUUUGAUGAAAUGGCUUCACUUUAUGAGAGUAAAUAUCCUUUUGAUAGGGCCGACUGUCCCGCUGGGAAGUACGGAAUGAUCAAGAGCUCUUUCAUCAGUGGCUUAGAUCCUUAUGAGGUCAUGGCACAUUCAAUUUCUACAAGGGAAGUCAUUGUCCGCUCAACAAGAGGACUUUCUGAACCGGGGACACUGUUCAAGAAUUUAAUGGCCAUUCUUCGGGAUGUUGUUAUUUGUUAUGACGGAACUGUGAGGAAUGUUUGUAGCAAUUCCAUUAUACAGUUUGAAUAUGGUGCUGGACCAGGAAGCAAGCCUGAGACUCUGUUUCCUCCCGGUGAACCUGUAGGUGUCUUAGCUGCAACUGCUAUGUCAAAUCCUGCUUACAAGGCAGUUCUUGAUUCCUCUCCAAAUAGUAAUUCGUCAUGGGAGCAGAUGAAGGAAAUAUUGCUCUGCCGGGUCAAUUUCAGAAAUGAACCUAUUGAUCGCCGUGUAAUUUUAUACUUAAAUGAUUGUGGGUGUGGAAGGAAUCAUUGUCGGGAAAAUGCAGCGUGUGUGGUGAAGAACCACUUGAGUAAGAUCAGUCUGAAAGAUGCUUCAGUUGAAUUCAUGGCUGAAUUUAAAGAUCAGCGAACUGUAUUUGAGGGCUCUGGAAUGCAUAGUGGAUUGGUUGGUCAUAUUCAUCUCAAUGAGGUACUGCUAAGAAAGCAGAAUAUUAGCAUGCUUGAUGUUCAACAAAGGUGCCAAGAGACUCUUCAGAAGUUCAGGAAGAAGAAGAAAGUUGGAUUUCUCUUUAAGAAGAUUGUUAUAUCUGUCAGUGAAGGCUGCUGUUUCCAUCAUCUACGUCCUGCAAAAAAAUCGGAAACUCCAUGCCUGUCGUUUUCUUUGAUGGACUGGACUGAGGUUCAAUUGGAGAAAACUGCACACAUCCUUGCAGACAUGAUUUGCCCAGUUCUCCUGGAGACCAUAAUUAAAGGUGAUCCUCGGAUUGCUUCAGCAAACAUAAUUUGGAUCAGUUCGGAUAUGAACACUAGGAUAAAGAAUCAGGGCCGGGAGGAGAAAGGUGAACUGGCACUGGACGUCACCCUGGAGAAACCUGUCUGCAAACGAAGUGGUGAUGCUUGGAGAAUUAUUCUGGACUGCUGUCUUCCUUUCCUUCACUUAAUUGACACAAGGCGGUCCAUCCCAUAUGCCGUGAAACAGAUUGAGGAAUUGCUUGGAAUUUCUUGCGCAUUUGAUCAGGCAGUGCAGCGCCUUUCAACAUCGGUGACUAUGGUGGCGAAAGGCAUUCUGAAGGAGCAUCUCAUUCUCCUCGCUGACACCAUGACCUGCUGUGGCAAUUUGAUUGGUUUUAAUUCUGGUGGUUAUAAAGCUUUAUCUCGUGCUCUGGGUGUACAAGUGCCAUUCACUGAGGCGACACUUUUUACCCCAAGGAAAUGCUUUGAGAGGGCCUCGGAGAAGUCCCACACUGAUUCCUUGUCAAGCGUAGUUGCUUCCUGCUCAUGGGGCAAGCCUGUAGCUGUCGGUACUGGGUCAAAAUUUGACCUUCUUUGGGGCACACAAGAGAUGGACUUGAAACAUGAAGGGGAAACAGAUAUAUAUGGUUUUCUCCAUAUGGUGAGAGGCACGAAGGUGGUUACUGGAUUGGACACCGGUUGCCUCGGUAUGGAUGUAGACCACCUAAACAACGAAGGGGAGGAUGCUGACCUCUGCCUUUCUCCAGAGAACGAUGGAGGUUUAGGAAAGCCAUCCUUUGAAGACAGUGAGCUGUUUAAGGAUACCUUUGGGAGUGAACCGGCAGGGGGAGAUUCAUGGUCUACCUGGGAUAAACAAGAUACCUCCAAGAAAGUAGAGGAUGAUUCCUUUGGAUCAGGUGGUUGGGAUAGUAAUGUCUCCUGGGGGAAGAAAACUGAUAUUAGGCCUGAGACAGGCCCAUCUAAUGCUGAUUCCUGGUCUACCAGGGAUAAACAAGAGACCUCCAAGAAAGUACAAGAUGAUUCCUUCGGAUCAGGUGGUUGGGAUAGUAAUGCCUCCUGGGGGAAGAAAACUGAUAGUAGGCCUGAGACAGGCCCCUCUAAUGCUGAUUCCUGGUCUACCUGGGAUAAACAAGAUACCUCCAAGAAAGUACAAGAUGAUUCCUUUGGAUCAGGUGGUUGGGGCGGUAAGGCAAGCAACAAAAAUGAUGCUUCUGCCACUGGAGAUUUGUUGAAGUCUGAUGAGAGGGAAUCUGUGGGCUGGGGGAAGGACAAAAGUGGAGCCGAAUUCAGGAAUAGCUGGGGCAGUUAUGCAGAGCCUCCGGUGCAAGAAAGUGAGAACCAUGAGCAUUGGGGACAGCAGAGAUCACAGAAGACUGGAAGCGAAGCUGAAUUUGGAAACAGUGGCUGGGGAAUGAUUCCAAAGUCCACAGCUCAAGAAAGUGAGACCCCAGAUACAUGGGGACAGCAGAGUUCAAAGAGGACUGGGAAUGAGGCGGAGUCUGGUAACUGCAUCUGGGGCAGUUCAUGGAAGCCCCCGGUCCAAGAAAGGAAGAACCAAGGUCCAUGGGGACAUAAAAGUUCAGAGAACUCUGAGCAAUCUGAUAGCGGUUGGGGUAGUAGUCCGAAGUCUAAGGCUGAAGCAACUGAGAAACAAGGGAAUUGGGGACAGCAGAGUUCAAAUUACUUGUCUUCUAAUAUGCAUACAGAGUCUAGCUGGGGAAAAGACAAAGCUGCUGCAACUUCGGAUUUCUCUGGAGGAUCUGGAGAUAAUCGUGUCGGGUCCAUGAGUUGGGACUCUGCUCCUUCGUGGAGAAAGAGCAAAGAUGACGACACAUUUGCACAACCCAGUGGCUGGCCCACCCAGGAAAAGAAUGAAGUACAAACUGUGGAUGCUAACACCACAGAGGUUCAAGGAAAUGAUUCAUGGUCUAAUAAGGGUAAGGAGGCUGAGGAUUGUUGGAAAUCUGGAGCUCAAAUCACAGAGGGCACAACCUGGGGUUAUAAAGUGGAAGCUCAGGGAAAUGAUUCCAAGUCUAGUUGGAAUGGUGCCAUAUCUCCUAAGGUUAAUGAUGGGGGCUGGGGAAGUAAUAAAGACGACGACUUUUCUUCAAAAAGUGAUGGCUGGAAUGAUUUGGGCAAUCAAUCUUCGAAAGGUUGGAAUAAGAAAGAAAAUGAUUCUUCUCCAAAAGCUGAUGGCUGGGGGAAGAAAUCUGAGGGUAGUCAAUCUUCAAAAGAUUGGGGUAAAAGAGAUGAUGAUGUUUCCACUCCUAAAACUGAUGGGUGGAACAGUUCAGGCUGGGGGAGUAAGUCAGAGGAUGCCGACCAAUCUAAUAACUGGAGCAGUUCUCAGGGUGCCGAGGAAAGUAAAAGCCAGAACCAAUGGGCACCAAAGGAAUGGAGAAAGAACCAUGACGGGAACAAGAAGGGCUCGAAUCCUGAAUGGAAGAUCAGGAAGAACCGUCCUCCAAGACCACCUGACAUGAUGUCUCAGCAGGAUCCUAAUGCUCCUCGCCUCUUUACUGCAACAAGACAGAGGCUGGACAUGUUCACUUCUGAGGAGCAGGAUAUCCUCAACGAAGUGGAGGCCAUCAUGCAGGCCAUUAGAAAAAUAAUGCGUCAGCCUGGGUAUAAUGACUCGGAGCCCCUUUCAGCUGAAGAUCAGUCCUAUAUCGUGGACCAUGUCCUGAAUUAUCACCCAGACAAAGCAUCAAAGAUUGGUUCAGGGAUUGACCAUAUAAUGGUGAGUAAACACGGCAGUUUCCAAGACACCAGGUGCUUCUAUGUGGUCUCCACCGAUGGUCGCAAGGAAGAUUUCUCGUAUCGGAAGUGCUUGGAGAACUUCAUCAAGGGGAAGUGUCCUGACCAUGCAGAAGAAUUCAUAGGCAAGUACUUCAAAAGGCGGGACCGGGAUCGCAAUGCUGGGUUCCGGGAGCGUAGUGUCAGUGUUCCUCCUGAGGAAACUGGGACCCCAGGAGAAUAGGUAGGAUGCUGAUAUUAUCCUGUCUUUGCCAUUAAUUAUGUCUUAUCAGAUUUGGACUGGUGUUUCUGUUAGCUUUAGGGCUAUAGUUGAUCAUCUGCUGUUUUGAUUCUGUACAUAAAAUGAGCAGAUGAUUAAUUUCUGUAAAUAUAACCCCUCGAGGUUUGUUUUCCACCGAACAGCAUGCCACCUUUCUCAUCGGAACUGCCCUUUCCUUUUGAGUUGGGGCAGAUCUUCAUUGUUCAUGUUCAUAAUUUAGACAGCUAACUUCUUAAUCAAGGACUGUGUUCUCUCUCCU